AUGAGGUUCUCAACUGGCUGCCUAAUGGCAGCUGGCCUAUUCGGCGUCCCAGGUUUCGUACAACAAGUAGCCGCGGUGGAGUUGAAAGGGUUCACCCAAGAUUUGUUCGACCAAUCCAUGCAGUUUCUCGACAAGAUCUACGAUCCGGUGGCCGGUUAUCUCUAUUUCUUCUACUAUCCCCUAGCGGCAGGGAAGCAUGAGACCCGGUCAUCAGUCUGGUAUGCUUCAGGUCUCCUGCAGCGCAACACCGGCGACGACGUGGAGCAAGCUAUCAAGAUCAUUCAAAACGUCAUAGAUGACCAAAAGAAGAACCCCGAAGAUCAAUGGUACGGAGACUACACUGUCUACCCAGAGGAGCCUACUGUUGGUACUCCAGCGUACCCUAAAAACAUCUACAACUCAUGGGACCCUAACUGGCGAGGCUUCAUCGGCACAACCCUUAUCGUGAUCUACGAAGAGUUCAAGGACCUUCUUCCCCACGAUGUACAGGAUCUUAUCCUUGCGAGCAUGUACAACAACACAAUCGGUGACAGCUACCGUGUUGGUGGAGUUGACGACGACAACCUUUACCCGUCCUACAGCAACCCUUCCAUCAUGCGUGCCGUUGCAACAGGGUGGACAGGCCGCGCCCUCAAUGAUUCUAACAUGACCGCGGCCGGUGAGCUCUACGCCAAAGAAAUUGUGGAUCUCUUUGAUCGUAACGACACCCUCUCCGAGUUCAACAGCCCCACGUAUGCGGGCGUCAGCAUCUACGGCUUGACCCUUUGGGCAAAGUACAUGCCCGCUGACUCCUCUCUUAUGGGGGCCAACGGCGAACGCAUGAUCAAGGCUGUCUGGGAGACGAUAGGAAGCAUGUACAACGCGAACCUCCGAAACGUUGCGGGGCCGUGGGACAGAACCUACGGUUUCGACAUGAACCAGUACGUCGCCAUCCUCAAUAUCUACAUCUGGUCCCUCGUCGGAAGGGACAAGGCCCCCGGGAUCGAGCAGACAUGGAGCAUGGCACACGCAGACGACUUCGAGUACGCGCCACUCAUCUCUGUAUUGGCCCCCUUCCACGACGCGAUCGUGCCCUCAGAUGUCGUAGAUAAGCUCAGCACGUUUCCGGGCGAGCACAUGUACGAGACCGCCGCGUUCUCGCCGCCGCACGACGGCGCUCCUCGGAACGUGACGGCUUGGCUUGCAGACCAUCUGACCAUUGGCGCCGAGUCGUACGACGAGGACACCCUCGGCGGACCGCGCCAAGACCCUUCUCAAUGGACCCCUGCUGCAGUGCAGUGGUCCCGAGACGACGGAAGCGUCGGAUUCGCUGUUCUCCACGGCACUGAAGAGGCUAUGAACGUGGACGUCAGUCCCGGGAAGCUGAGCCUAUCCUACCCUCGCGGCAACUCGACAAGUAUCUUCACCUUCCUCGUCAGCUCCAACCCAUUGGGUGGCAAGCGAGACAUUCGUGGCUUCGAGGACGUCGAGGGAAUCAACGUCAACGUUACCGGCAGCGUGAAACUGCAACCGGAGAUUGGCUUUUGCGGACUCGUCGGCGGCACAUGCUCCAUCAUCCACGGUUUUGAAUUUUGGAACAUUACGUACGUGAUGCCUGGGAACUCAACCGAGGUCCCGACAAUUCAUCUCGAAAUCGACACGGCCAGCAAGUCAGACUCUUGA